GUUCAAGUUCAACAAACGCGUGGACUGCACACAAUCUGCACAUGUUGUCCGUUCAUUUACCAUAUACCUCGCGUAUCUGAUACCAUAGAUUGUAUCUUUUAUACCAUCGAUUGCUCUGUUUUCUUUGUCUCUCCCUCUUUCCCUCUCUCCCUCUUUCCCUCUCUCCCUCUUUCCCUCUCUCCCUCUUUCCCUCUCUCCCUCUUUCCCUCUCUCCCUCUUUCCCUCUCUCCCUCUUUCCCUCUCUCCCUCUUUCCCUCUCUCCCUCUUUCCCUCUCUCCCUCUUUCCCUCUCUCCCUCUUUCCCUCUCUCCCUCUUUCCCUCUCUCCCUCUUUCCCUCUCUCUCCGGAGUUCUCGUCGUACCCAUGUCGAUACCUCAAACCCCUACUCGCAAAACUGACCCUACUAACUUGGCUCCUGAGCUGAAAAAUACUCCUCUCGGUCACGGCAGCUCGACUCACGCAUCGUCGGACGGCUUCCAUGACUUAUACCAGCGUACAGUGCAUCCAUGGCUAUUUGCGGACAUAUCCAAACACAAGCAGACCACAUUUGACCGAAUGAUAGCCUGGAUGUUGCAUUUCUCUCUUCCUACCGAAUUGAGAGACUCGGUGAAUCCCUACCGUCUCUUUGAUCAAUGCCUCAAUAAAGUGUUGCCCAUCUGUAACGAUCAAGAUUUGCUCAAUCAUUUACAGUCAUAUUGUGAGGUUGAAGGAGGAGAAACGGCGAGAUACGCACCUUUCACUAACGCAUGUAACCGCGCAUUAUCGCUUUUGGAAGACGUAGACGUACCGCAUCUCGGUAAAGGCUCGCCGUUCAAGAUUCUCUUUCAACGUAAUGAUCCAAAUGUGCUCGACGGCGUUCAUGGUAAUCUCAAAUCGAAACGCAAACCCGAUAUCAUCAUCACCAGCCUUGCCUGCGCUCGGCGCAUCUGGGGUGAAGGACGAAAUAUACGAUGGAACACUGCGAUCUCACAUUGCCAUGAGAAGCCCGUAGACCUUCAGUGGCACGAUGUGUUGUGCUCAUGGGAGUUCAAGCGGACGAAGAAAGUAAUCUCGUUGCCCUCUCGCAAGUACGGCACCAAACUGUGUCGGAACAUUUCAUGUGUGAACGACGUCGGCACCAUGGAUCCCCCCACGAAGCCUGACGUCCCGAGCCCGAAACCAAAUCCCGACCAACCACUUCGGACGGAGGAGCCGCCGCUCGUGCAAUUGGCCUCGUAUGCGGCCGAGAUGCUAUGUCGAGCUCCUGCAGUGAACCACUGCAUGAACAUCCUUGUUGUCGAUGAUGUGGCCUGGCUGUGGUGGUAUGACAGGCAGGGUGCUAUCCAGUGCACUGGAAUCGACUUCCUCGACGAUCUUCCACGCUUCCUCGUCCUCCUCCUCGUCCUCCAAAGAUUUUCGACCAUGGACCUUUGGGGAUUCAAUCCUGAACUGGAUCCCGUCGUUGUCCAGUAUCACAGCGGGAAGUUACCCUUGAAUCAGACGGGGAACGUCUCACAAGAGCCAUUCGACCUUGAGAUCCCUGUCGAAGGUGGCAAGUUCAAGGUCAACUUGGACCCGAAGGAGAAGGAGUACAGCCGACACACCCUGGUUGGGCGUGGCACACGUGUGUUCCAAGGGUCUGAGGGGAUACUAUUUCGUGACCCAGCUAAUCCUGAAGUGCUCAUGAACGAGAAGGCGAGACACGCGGCUAUAAAGAUAUAUUGGCCGGACAGUUCGAGGCCGUCGGAGCAGACGGUGGUUCAGAAGGCUCGUGAGGCGGCUGAAAAGAUUGACCCUGGCCUGUUGGACAACCUGCCGGAGAUCUAUGGCGCCUGCACGUUGAGCAAGUAUGAGACAGGUCGCAUCCGGAAAUUCCUUGAACUAUGGGAUCUUGAUAGUGAAACUCAGGAGCGUGUAUACCAUUCGCGAACGCUUAACAUCACAAUAUCGGAGUGGUUGCUGCCUUUGUGGAAACUGCCCCCAUAUAACUUUAUGCUCGCGUGGUAUGAUAUUGUUAGAUGUCACUUUGCGAUGUGGAUUGCUGGUGUCAAGCAUUGUGAUCCCAGCGAAGGCAAUAUGUUAUACCGCGAGAAGGGAAACAAGAAUCAUGGGGUACUGAAUGACUGGGAUUUGAGCUCAGUUGAGGGUCUAAGUGAUCAUAAGGGACUGGAGCGCACCGGUACCGUUCCAUUCAUGUCUUUGGAGCUGCUCAAUCGUAAAUUCUGGCGAGGUCGCAUUCGACGAGAAUAUCGCCAUGAUCUGGAAUCGUUUAUUUGGAUGCUUCCCUGGGCGGUGUUCUGUUACGAAGAUUGUCAACGAAAGGAACCUCCGGACCCAGUCAGGUUGUGGCAGACAGGAAACUACGAGCAGUGUCGGGAGAAGAAAGUCGACUUCACCGGGAAGAUGGCUGAGUUCAUCGAAGAGCAGCGUAUCCCUCCGCAGUGGAUGAAGAUCUGGCCCGUUGUGAGAGAUCUUAUGUACCGUGUCCACGAAGACUAUCACAGCGGGGUAAAGCAACGGGGGCAAGGCAUCCCGCAGGAGGACAACACCCCAGUGGAGGUUUAUGUCAACCUACUCCAGUUCAUUCGCGAGACCAUGGAUACAGGGUCCAUUAAGCCGAACGACAUUCCCUUUCCUGACGAUUAUCUCAUGAAUAUUCCUCAAUUACCUAAUGGUGCAGAUACGGAGACACCAGUCCGAGGUCGAGGUCGUGGUGGAGGGCGUGGACGGGGAAGGGGGCGAGCUCAGGCACAAUUUGGAGGGGGUGACAGAGGCGCAGGCAGCACCGAAGCGAAUCUUGACUCGGAACGCAGCACUUCUGGAUCUCGACGCUCCGCUAGGAUCAAGGCGGAUGAGGAGAAGAAACGUCAGGAGGCGGAGAAGGAGAAGAAACGUCAGGAGGCGGAGGAGGAGAGAAAACAUAGGGAGAAAGAGGAGAGAAAACGUCAGGCAGCGGAAACGAAGAAGAGGGGGAAGAAGUAAACUGGUCUGCUGGUGAAUGGCUCGUUCGUGCAUGCGUCCACCCAGAAGUGAAAUGUUAGUCUCUAUGUCUUGAAUUGUUCAUUCGCGUGUACUUCUGUUAUGCUAGGAGUGAUGGUGACUACUAGCCGUGGUUAUGAUCAGCUUAUCAAUAAAAUAUCAAUCUACUCAAGCAGAUUCUUGUUACUCAAGAUGAGGUAACGGUUAAAGCAAUCCAGGAGAGCCUUCACUUGACACUUAACUCAAAUGCCGGCGCGAAUACUGGGUAAGACGCUGCACCGUCAGGAAAAGGGUAGUAGAGGAAAGGCCGAAUAAAUCAGGGCUCCGAACCCAGAGGCUAAUGAUUGAUGCUCAUGCAAAGGAUACAAGGAUGCAAUGAGAUGUUUAAGUUGAGAAAACGAAGAGGCAUAGGUGAGAAUAAGUGCUUAUAUUGGCA